CUAGAUCAAGGCGUAAUCCGGCAGUUGUCCCGGAAAUAAAAAUUCCACUUUUUCAUCAACAAAAUGCCAAAAUUAACAACGAGAAAGACUGAUAGAACUAAAUCAAAGGAAUACUGUAACAAAUGCAUGUAUGUUGGAGAUUCCUUAUACAACCUCAAGCGCCAUGAAAGAUGCCAUACUCCAAAACAUCUCUUCCGCUGUUUGGAUUGCGAUUACAUUACAAAUCGAUCAGAAAACUUGACACGUCAUAUGAAAGUACAUAAUGUAGAUGAACCAAAGAAAUACAAAUGCUCAUCUUGUGAAUAUGAGACAAAUGAUACGGGGAACUUUCGUCGACAUCUAUACACACAUUCCACUGAAAAGCCUUAUUCCUGUGAUGUUUGCGACUAUACGACGGGGCACCAACCAUUGCUUAAGAUGCACAUGAAUAAACAUGCAGGGAUAAAACCAUACAUAUGCGAUAUAUGCGAUGCUGCUUUCUCCUACCCUGGAAACUGUCAACGUCAUCGGCUGACGCACACAGCCCUCAACAACGGACCACAUAAAUGUCCAAGAUGUAACUAUAGAGCAUUCCAGAAAGUUUCACUCCAGGCCCACAUAAAAUGCUACAAGGGCUCUGUGAUAACCUGCAAGGGUUGUGAUUUUCGAUCGUGCACCAAUGCAUUGAUGAAUAAACACUCUAGAGAAUGUCCUGACAACUGUGAUAAUAAACAGGAAUUACCCAUGCCACCCCUAGUGGCACCUCAUAUCGCAGAUCACACAUACAGUAGUGUCCAGCAUUCCUCCGAUGAUAUACCUAACAAUAGCAAACCUAUGGUUUAUGAUAGUAACAACAAUAAUAACGAUGAUGCUGCUAUUGAUGGGAAUGAAAUUGAGAUUCAAGAAAAAUAAGAUCUUGAUAAAUUUUGUAGAAUGGAUGGAUUGCCAUAUACAUGUACUUCCAUGUAGAAAAAUACUUCAAGCUGCUGAAGAUAAGAAAAAAUUUUAAGUCAUCUCUUUCCAAUUAAUGCAUUCAUUAUAUAUAAAACAUAAGUUCCAAAAAAUAUAAUGUGCAACUAGUAAAAAUUGCAAAUCUCGACUUGAUUCAAGAGCUGUUGAAAAUUAAAAGCAAUUGGUCAAUAAAAUGACAUUUUUGUGGAUAACUAAACAGUGAUCCUUCUUAGAAUUGCACUUUAGAAUGGAGUGAAUAAGCUUUGCUUGUCUUUCUAAGUCAAUCUUGUUUGGAAAGAAUCUGUCACUUGACUCUUCAACAUGAAUAAUAUUUUUCACCGGAGUCAUGUACAUAUCACACUGUUUGAUUUGGUCAUAGGUAGUCUCCACAAUUUGCCAUUACGUAUUAUUCAAGAGACGUACUCAUUGAAUAUUACGAUUAUAUUUGUUUAUUCAGCUUGCUCAAAAAAUAAAGAGAAAAAUGUCAUGAAAACAAGAAAAAAGCUCAAGCGAUUGACUAAACAAUUUGGAAAAAUGCAAUGCAUGAAAUGAUUAGAAUCAGAAAUACAUUACCAUUUUACCAUAGCCUUUAUGAUGAAUAUAUUAUUAUAUUAAAAGGUUUCUGCAAGCCUCUGUCACAUCCUCAAAGCGUUUAUGAACAUUUGCUAAAUGUCUGUACAUUCCACAAAGUUAUUUUAUUUAUAUGAAUUGUAAAUAUUGGUGUGAUGUAAAUGGUAGUGUUCUAUUUUUUACUCACAUGUAUAUAAUGCUGUAUGAAUAUUUAAUUGAUCAAUAUAGCAAUGGUUGGAGUGAUUGAUAAUAUAAACAAUGUUCAGGUGCAGAGAGAAUGUUCAAUGGAGAAAACAAUAGUUUACUGUCCAAAAUGUGUAAAGGACCAUAGUUUAGGAAAAUCAAAUUUUCCAUCUCAGCAUGCCCUCGUCCCAAAUUAUUCAUCAAUGCAUUUCUAAGCAAUCUGUAUUUGUCAAAUCACCAUUAUUGACGAAAUAACUCCAAAAAAUGAGUCAAAAGUAUAUAGCAUCUAUAUGUGUGAAAGAAGAUUGAUAAUUCAUAUUUAUGAAGUUGCAUUUUUUAUGAUUUGGUGCAAGAGCAUUUCUAGACAAGGACGAACGUAAAACCUGAAAAAUAUGCCUUGUUCGUAAAUUCUAUAUACUGAUAUAUUUGGCGUUUGAAUUUUUACCAUACACCAUUUUCCACUAGUGUAACUUGGACCUUGCAAGAUGUCCUAUAAGCACACAACCAUUGCUCCAUUAACAACUCUAUGUACACAAGAAAUUUAAUUUUCACCAUAAGUGAUUUCAAAACUAGAUGUUUGUCACUUUAACUGCCUUGAUAUGAAAUGUAUGCAUGGAAAAUCAAUUCCAAGUUUCUGCUCAAUUGAUUGUAAUUAUUUAUAACUGCUUUGAUGGCUUUGGGAGUGUUAUCUCCAAUUAUUAGCGGAUUUGUUAUAUUUAAUGAGUGUAUAAAUUACUGAUCUGUUAAAAUCAAUCAGAUAAUAUUUAUUUUUGAUAAUGUACAAUAUUGAUAAUGUGUUCACAUUGGUCUGAAUGCAAGGGAAUAGAUAUAAAUAAAAUAGUCAUA